AUGUCCAUGCCAGCAGAAAAUCCCACCAACCCCAACGCCAUUCCUCAACGCUCUUCCUCGACCGGCUUUGUGAAUGGCGUGAACCAUCAGCCAUCCAAAUCCGUCCUUCGUCCUCUCCCCGAAGAGUCUUGGAUUUCGCAAAAACACACCUCCAUGACUCCAGGCAGUCCUCCUCAGCCUGCCGCCGAUCGCGUCAAUGGCCUCAAGAGCUCCCAUUCGAAGAAAAAGUCACAGUCAGAGAGUCUCCCUCCGCGACGCAUGGGAGAAUGGAGUCCUGCGAAGGAGAAAGUCAUCCUUGGGCCGUACGACUAUCUGUCGGCGCACCCAGGCAAAGACAUUCGCUCAGCUUUGAUCAAUGCUUUUGAUCAGUUUCUUCGCGUCCCACCUAUGUCGUUGGCCAUCAUCACAAAAGUCGUUGGAAUGCUACACACUUCGUCGUUGUUGAUCGAUGAUGUGCAGGAUUCGUCACAGUUGCGCCGUGGUAUUCCGGUAGCCCACAACAUCUUUGGCACGGCUCAGACCAUCAAUAGCGCCAACUAUGUCUAUUUCCUGGCGCUCAAGGAGCUUCAGAAGCUCGAGAACCGAGACGAGGCUAUGGACAUUUUCACCAACGAGCUUCUGCACCUGCACCGCGGCCAGGGUAUGGACCUGUAUUGGCGGGAUACUCUGACAUGCCCUACCGAAGACGAUUAUCUCGAAAUGGUGCAAAACAAGACUGGGGGGUUGUUCCGUCUGGCGGUGAAGCUCAUGCAAGCCGAAUCACCCGAGAGAGGCCAUUUGGACUGUGUGCCGUUGGUCAAUCUGAUGGGUCUGAUUUUUCAGAUAUGCGACGACUAUCUCAAUCUCUCAUCUGGCCUGUACACUCAAAACAAAGGCUUCUGCGAAGAUCUGACGGAAGGCAAAUUCUCCUUUCCGGUGAUCCACUCGAUUCGGUCGAACCAGGGAAAUCUCGAGUUGAUCAACAUUCUCAAGCAAAAAACACAAGACGAAGACGUCAAGAGGUACGCUGUCAAGUAUAUGGAAAGCACCGGUAGCUUCGAGUACAGCAAGAAAGUCAUUCGCGAGCUCAAAAUCAAGGCUGUUCAAUUAAUCCAGGAAAUGGACGGUGGAACGGGUAAGGGAGAUGCGAUCAAAAAGAUCCUCGAUCGGAUGGAUGUGGAUCAAUAG